AUGGCGCCUCCGGCUACGGGUCCGGGUCCGUGGGCGGGCCUGUGGCUGGGGGUCCUCCUGGCGGGGGUCUCGGGGCGGGCGUCGCCCCCUGGCGGCCUCGGCGGGGACGGCAGCGGGAGCGGGAGCGGCAGCGCCCCCCGGCGGCAGUGGCCCGUGCCCUACAGGCGCUUCGAUUUCCGUCCUAAACCUGAUCCUUACUGUCAAGCUCUUUAUACUUUCUGUCCAACUGGCUCCCCCAUGCCAAUAAUGAGAGAGGAUGACGUCAUUGAAGUCUUCCGAUUGCAGGCUCCCGUGUGGGAAUUCAAAUACGGGGCUCUCCUCGGACAUUUGAAAAUUAUGCACGAUGCCCUGGGGUUCCGAAGCACUCUCACCGGCCAGAACUACACCAUGGAGUGGUAUGAGCUUUUCCAGCUGGGAAAUUGCACAUUUCCCCAUCUCCGACCUGAAAUGGAGGCACCUUUCUGGUGCAAUCAGGGGGCUGCCUGCUUCUUUGAAGGAAUCGAUGAUGGCCACUGGAAGGAAAACGGAACCUUGACUUUAAUCGCGACCCUAUCGGGAAGCGUGUUUAAUCAGAUGGUCAAGUGGGUGAAACGUGACAACGAAACCGGCAUUUAUUACGAGACGUGGACCGUCCAAGCCGGCCCAGCCCAGAAGUCGGAGGUCUGGUUCGAAUCGUACGACUGCUCCAGGUUCGUCUUGAGAACGUACCAGAAGCUGGCCGAACUUGGGGCCGAGUUCAAGAAAGUGGAAACCAAUUACACCAGGAUAUUCUUAUACAGCGGGGAACCCGUUUACUUGGGAAACGAAACGUCCAUUUUUGGACCCAGAGGGAACACGACAGUCGCUGCAGCCCUAAGGAAGUUUUAUUAUCCAUUCAAACCUCAUGCGUCGACAAAGGAAUUCCUUUUAAAUCUCUUGAAAAUUUUCGAAUCGGUAGUUGUGAGGAGAGAAUUCUACUUAUUUUAUAAUUUUGAAUACUGGUUUUUACCCAUGAAAUUUCCAUUUAUCAAGAUAACGUAUGAAGAAAUUCCUUUGCCGAGACAAAACAAAAAAUGGCUGGAUUUUUAAUAUGGGUGCUGAUCCUGCUGGCUAACCUCCCAUUAGACGGGGAGCCCCAUGUGGGACAGGGACUGUGUCCAAACUGAUUAUCCCGUAUCUACCCCGGCGCUUAGUACAGUGCCUGGCACGUUGUAAGUGCUUAAAUACCCCAACGAAAGGAGGGCAGCUAAAAAAGUUUUUCAGGGAGUGCCAGGUUUUCUUGCUUCUUCUUUCUGGCUUUGCUUAACCACUUUACCUUUUCUUAGCAAGUGAAACUGAAUUCCAUCAAUUUGGACUCAACGAGGCCAGCUCUGAAUAGGAGCAUUAGUCGGGAAGAGAUGGAUACUUGGCUGAGAUCUUUUGAUAUCAGUUUUCCGGCCCUCUGUCCUUUAUUAGUCUAAUUAAAUUGGUAACUGCUCCAGCUUAGAGAGAGGAGCACUAAUUAUGCUGGUCAACUCCCCUUCCCUUCCUUUAUCCUCCCCAUCCUGGCUGUCAAGUUUCUAAAUAUUACCUGUUAGACCAAAGUAACUUUAGAGAGCUGUGGAACCAGGCGUAUAGUUAGAGCUCAUCCACUAUCAAUCAAUCAAUCGUAUUUAUUGAGCA